AUGCGAUUCGAGGCGGAGGCUGGUGGAGCUGGAUGUCAGGCAGCGAUUCGGAGACAGAUGACACUUGGGGAGCGCCGAGCUCGGAAUCGGUCGUUGUGCUCGGUGCUGUGCAGUCCUCCGCCUUAUGGCCUCGCAUAUUCGGCCUGGAUGGGAAAUCUAUCGCAGCUCAAACUUGAAGACAUUGCGGCAGCGGAACGGGAGUUUUCUCUUGGACCGCCACCAGAGUUUAUCAGAUCUUGCUAUACACCAAGAGAUUUGGGGUGGGAAAACGAGGUGAUGUUUGUUGGAUCGGGUGAUAUUCCGCACUCGAAAACUUUUGAAGCUGAUUCACCAAAUGAUUAUGAGUUGGAUUGUGUGUCAAGAGGGAAAAAGUCAUCAUCAUCGAAUCCAUCGGCUUCAUCGGGAUAUGGAUCAACGAGUUCAGAGAGUGAUCAAGAGCAAAAUUCGACCACGGAUUUCUCCUCUAUUGCUCGUCGAUCUCGCUUUAUGCCGAAAGCUGACCGAAAAGCUGAGAAACAGCGACGCAACAGUGUUCCCGCCACUUUGCGACCAGCAUAUUCAGAAGAUGUAAUGCGAGUUCUGGAAAAGGACGGCUAUGUGCGCUUUGAAACAAAUAUUGAUACGGGUGCCCGGGUGCCGGUGGUCGACAUGCGCACGGUUCGCCAAAACGAGUCGGUGCUCGAUUUGGCUCGAAAAUUCGCCGAACUAAACGCCCAACAGGAAAAAGCUCGUCUUCACUCAUCUUGGCAUGCUCCAGCAAAAAGUGGUCCGUCAACAAUAAAAGAAACAUCGACGGGAAAACAAAAAGCAAACCCGACAAGGCACUCAUCAACAAUGCUCAUUGAAUGGAAAGCGUCAACGAAAGAAAACGGGGAAACGAAAGCGAAAUCGACAUCAAUAACAGCAGAUCCACGUGUACUUCAACGUCGCCAGCGAGAGUCUCGUGCAAAAACCUUGAUUUCCACAACAGCACCAGCUGAUUUAAUUGAAUUGAAAAGUCCACCUGAAGACACUUUGCCUGAUGAUUUCGAUGAGGCGACAAGAUUGUGGAAAGACCUGAGCACAGUGCGCAAAUCGCGUCGCGAAAGUCUUCAGGCAUCGGAAAAUCGAAUGCUCAAAAUUCGUCAGCUUGAAGAGACGCAAUUCUUGGCUCGCGAUCAUGGAUUGGGAAGUAUCGCAUCACUGGGAGAUAAGCCACGAGCGUCGGCAAUGCAUCAGAAUCCUUGGAAACAGAUGCCAAAGAGUAACACAAGCGUUAGCCGCCCAAUGAACCCGAACUCCGCCAAAGAGGCGCUGCUACGAUGGAUACAGAAUAAAAUCCGAGAUUAUCCAAUCGAAGUCACCAACUUCUCUUCCUCAUGGGCUAAUGGGAUGGCCUUUUGUGCGCUCAUUCACCGUUUUGCCCCAAAUGCCUUCGAUUUUUCAAAGCUUGACCCAAAAAAUCGUCGCGAAAACUUCGAAUUGGCUUUUCGUGUUGCCGAAGAGAAUGGUGUUUGCCCUUUGUUAGAAGUCGAUGACAUGAUAAUGAUGGGGGACAAGCCUGACUACAAGUGCAUAUUCACUUUCUGUUCAUCUUUCUACCAAGAAUUUCGUAAUAGACCA